AUGAGUAAACUGAUAUGUAGCCAAUUAUGGAAAAAGAAUCCUUUCACUAUAGUUUCUUCUGUGCAGGUGCAUGUCUUAAUGAUGGAUAAAAAACUGCUGGUGGAGAAGCUAUGGAACACCAAAAAGGAUGCAACUGAGUGCAACAAUGAAGACAGUGAAAACAAAGAGCUUCCAUUUUCCAAGAAUAAUUUUUUGAAUACUACUUCUAUGAAGACAUCCACGGAAGCUAUGACAGAGUCCUUAGAUAAAAGUUUCCAGGCAGAACUACAUAAUGUACUCCAAGACUGUGUGGAUGAACCAUCAGAAGAGGCACCCGAGUGUGAUCUGAUGCAGGGGCUUCCAGUUCUGCUAGCAGCAUGUUUUCAGAACCUGAGACUUCCCGAGAGUGUCAGCUAUGUAUUUGCUUACCAGGAAGGAACCUUUCCUCUUUGA